GCCACAUUGUAAACACUCCGAUGUAAAUAAAAAUGAAAAGCAUAUAUUUUAUCGAAUGUAUAAGUGUAAUAUAUAUUAAUAAAAAUAUUUUGUGAUGAAAUCCAAAUUUUUUAUAAUUAAUCAACUGAUUAAUUGAUUAAUCACUUUAAUAAUUACAAGAAGUUCUGUUUAAUUUAAAAAAAAAUGUCGCAGUGUCAAAUAGUUAGUUGUGAUAUUUUAUUGGAAUUAUUGGAAAUAUCUUUUAAUAACAUUCUCUACGCACGUCAGUUGUACCCACGUGAAAUAUUUACUAAAAAAAAAAUCUACAGCUCCGCUGUUUAUAAAUCAGAGCAUCCGGAGGUCAAUGAGUAUUUUAAGAAUAUUUUAUUAUCUAUCAGGGAAUUAUUAAAUUUCGAUGUGACGUCAAUUAAAAAAAUUAAUUUUGUAAUUUGCGAGGGAGACCAACAGAUUGAAAAAUUCGUCUUUGAUUUGUUUAAUUUCCGCAUCACAGAUAAUGAAAAAGAUCCGUAUUUUUUGAAAACGGAAGACGCGCUACGAGAACUAACUCUCAAGUUACUAAUGUCCGAUAAUUACUUACAUAAAUUACCGGAAGAUCGCACAUUUUUCAUUGAAAUAGAAACAAAUGAGUCAGCCCACAUCGGCCUUAGUGAGAAUCCACAGUGUCUGGAAUUUCCAUGGAUCAGUAAAGAACCCGCAGGCUCAUUAACUCAGGACACUAGUUAUUUAUUACCAUUAAAGACAAUAAAAACAGAAUAUCUAGGCUUACAAAUAUAUGCAGUGACUUCUAAUCCUUUGAAGAAAUAAAUCAGUACACAAAUUUACUAGUUUUUAAUUAAUUAUAUUUUUAAAAAUAUAUUUUCCAAUACAAAUUUAAUU